UCGGGCGUCUCUACCGGAAGGAACGCCCGGGCCAAGAUGGCUGCCAAGCCAGGGCCCGGAAGUGCUGCCUCCCCCGGCAGCGCCGGGGCCAUGGAGCGGGUUCUUCCCAUGCUGCUGGUACGGAUCCCCGCAGAGGAGACGGCGCAGCUGGGACCGCGGGCGCAGCUGCACCGAGAGCUGGAGGCCCUGGGGAGCCUGACGGCUGCGGGCAGUCUCCGCGUGCUUUCCUUGGCGCCGGGCAGUAGGGGUGGAAGCAGCUGCUGCCUCCCAGGCCCCUUCAGGCAGUUCCUAUGGGAGGAGUCUCAGAACAGCACGUCAAGAGACAAGCCCAAACUGCUUGUUGCUAGAGAAGAUUAUGAACUGCUCUUGUAUGAAUUUGACUUGAGAGAUGGAAGAUGUGAUGCAGCCUUAUUACACAGCUGUUGUGGGAGGACCCUGCAGAAACUCUCUGAAGAUCAAGGUGUCAGUAUUGCCUUCAAGUCUUUGAGAAUUCUAUCAUUUUACAACAACACGUCAUUACUGCUCAUCAACAAAAGUCUUCUCCUACGCGUUGUGUUUCCGGCGAGAGGAUCUGGGAUUCCAGUGCUGGGCUGCCUCUCACUGCCCUUGCCUGCACAGGCAGCAGACACGAUUAUUGACGUGCAGCUCUGCAAGAGACUUCUUUUUGUUCUGAGUACAGUAGGCUGGAUCUAUAUUUUUGACACUGCGGAUGGCAUGCAUGUAGCGCGCGUGGACUUGACUCUUCUCAGAGAAGACUCUGAGCAGCCGGAGCCAGCCAGCAUCUCUUCCUUUACGUCAUUGAACGUGUCUCCGGACUUAGAUAUUUUGGUGCUUGUCAGCUCAUCCAAUACUGCAGUAGCUCUUAACCUACAUUUAUAUUUCAGGCAGCACCCAGGACACCUACUGUGUGAGGGAACACUGGAAGACCUUCCUAUUGAAGGACCCUCAGGAAUAGAUGAAGACGACCUUGUUAACUCUGUCCACAACAUGAAACUGACCAAGGUGUCCUUUCAGGCUGACAGGUCCUGGAGAGCCCAGCUGUCAUCACUGAAUGAAUCAGUGAGGAGCUCGGAACCAGAGGUUUCCUGCGGUGCUCCGUGGUUCCAGGGUGCUUUGUGUUUGGAGUCCCUGGGAUCUGGUUACCACAACCCAGUUGUGCCAAACCACGUUUCCAUUCCAUUCCAUUCCAUCCCACAUGGCCAGGGUGCUUUUCCUAAGGAGCACACCAAAACCAGUGAACCAGGAAGGCUGUGGAAGACAAUGCAGCUGAGUGGGCAAGAGCCCACAGAGCCCUCAGAGCUCAAGUGUCUAUCUGUGACGGGAUUUACUGCACUGUUUACUUGGGCAGUCAGAACGACCAGCUGCACCAUCGUCCUCUGGGACUUGGAGAGCCAGAGCAUGCAGUGCUUUUCUCUCAGCCAGAAGUGUACUCCCGUAGACAUAAGCGGAGACCAGCAGCUGUGCCUUGCUUUAACAGAUAACGGUCUGUCUCUGAUUUUGUUUGGUUUAACUCAAGAGGAGUUUUUGAACAGGCUGAUGAUCCACGGCAGCGCCAGCACUGUGGACGCCCUUUGUCACCUUAAUGGUUGGGGACGGUGCUCCAUCCCUAUCCACGCUCUAGAGGCUGGCAUAGAAAAUCGUCAGCUGGACACAGUAGAUUUCUUCUUAAAAAGCAAGGAAAAUCUUCUUACUCCGUCUUCAAAAUCUCCUGCUCCCACUCAGCAGCAGCACCUGUCACCACAUUCAUACCUAAGGCAGGUGGAAGACUUGACCCCAGCCCUGGAUUUACUCUGCUCGGCAGUUAGAGAAAGUGACUCGGAAACCCACAGCAAGCACUUCGCAGAGCAGCUGCUUCACCUCACGCUGUCUUUCCUUAACAAGCAAGUAAGGGAGCUUCUUGUUCACUCUGAAGAGCUAGAUGAGCAUUUACAGAAAGGAGUGGCCAUUUUGACCAGCUACAUCAAUGAACUUCGGACUUUUAUGAUAAAGUUUCCUUGGAAACCAGGAGAUGCCAUAGAUGAACCUGUUAUAAAUGAAGAUGUCCUCACAGUGAAGGAGGGCCAGGUUUGGGAGGAACUCAGCUUUGAGGAAGUUAUUGCUGAUGCCAUUUUAAAUAACAGAAUACCAGAGGCACAAACUUUCUUUAGGAUUACUGGUCAUUCAGCUCAACAACUCGAGGAACUGGUUAGGAUAGGCCUAGAUUUGGCCUUUGACAGUUUAAAAAACAACAACGUGGAGGAGGCCUCCAGGCUCCUGAGGAACAUGGGCUUCAGUGUGGAAGAUGAGUUGCUUAAGAUAUGCUUUUAUACAACUGAUAGAAAUAUACGGGACUUUUUGGUUGAAAUUUUAAAAGAAAAGGAAUGUUUUUCUGAGAAAGAAAGAAGAACUGUAGACUUUGUCCAUCAAGUUGAAACAUUGUAUUCAGGACACGUCCCGGAAAAUGCACAGAUGCAGACUUUCCCCAGGUAUUGGAUAAAGGAACAGGACUCUUUGAAACAGAAAUCUGUCUUGGACACAUUCCUCAAAUGUGAUAAAAAAGAUGUGUUUAACAAACAGGACCAUAGAAUUGCAUUGAAUUGGGCUCACUGGUGGGAUCUGCAAACACAGGAAUGUAUUCUUCUCCCCAGAAUGAGUCCAGAAGAAUACAAAGCACGUUCCCCAGAAGCCCUCUGGAGACACCUCACGGCUCACCAUGACUGGUCAAGCAUCAGCUUGUGGAUGGAAGAAUUCCAGGCCCAGGAAACUGUUUCACCUCAGCAGAGCAGGUGGCCCCCUCUGAGUGCUGCCACCAUUGAGCAGGGCACUUGCUGCAACAGUCACAUGAGGAACACCAUUUUAGACACACUGGCCAGAAGAGGCAUUUUUCUUGCAUCUGAGCUGGAAGACUUUGAACUCCUCCUCCUGAGGCUGAGCCGGAUUGGGGGCGUAAUGCAGGACACCCUCCCAGUGCAGCGCUACAAAUGCUCGGCAGGGUGCGACUUUCAUUCCCGCUUCAUCCUCUACUGUUUGGAGCACGGCCUGCAGCAUCUUCUCUACGUCUACCUUGACUACUACGAACUUAGUCCUGGAAAUUGUCCUUUUUUGGAAAAGAAAGAACUACAUGAAGCUCACCCUUGGCUGGAAUUUAUGGUUCAGUGUCGGCAAGUUUCCAGUAACUUGACAGAUCCCAAACUGAUCUUUCAGGCUAGCCUUGCAAAUGCUCAGAUUUUGAUUCCCACCAGUCAGGCCAGUGUGAGCAGUAUGCUGUUGGAAGGACACACCCUCUUGGCCCUUGCUACCACCAUGUAUGCUCCUGGGGGUGUCAGCCAGGUCAUCCAGAAUGAAGACAACGAGAACUGUUUGAAGAGAGUGGACCCCCAGCUACUGAAGGUGGCCUUAACACCUUACCCAAAACUCAAAGCUGCGCUCUUCCCACAGUGCACUGCUCCUAGUAUCCUGCCCUCUGAUAUUACACUCUACCACCUCAUCCAGUCCUUGCCACCCUUUGAUCCUAGCAGACUGUUCGGCUGGCAGUCUGCCAACACGCUAGCUAUAGGAGAUACGGCCAGUCAGCUCCCACACUUCUCCAGCCCUGACCUGGUGAAUAAAUAUGCUGUAGUGGAACGUCUGAAUUAUACAUACUAUUUACAUCACGGACGCCCAUCGUUUGCCUUUGGUACCUUUCUGGUUCAGGAGUUGAUCAAGAGUAAGACUCCAAAGCAACUGAUCCAGCAAGUAGGCAAGGAGGCCUAUACCCUGGGGCUCUCUUCCUUCAGCAGCCCGUCAGUAGGGAGCGCCUGUGUCUGCUUCUUAGAGUUGCUCGGCCUCAGCAGCCUCAAGCUCAGAGUUGACCUGAAAAUGGCAAAUGUAAUUUUGGGCUCCAAGCGUAGAUCUGAAGAUGCUUGCUCCAGCGCCAUCAGAGAGUCUCUGGCUGAGAAGCUGUCUAAGCUUGCUAACGACGACAGAGCGGCCACAGAAGAGCUGCUCGUCCUCUUGGAGGAAGGCGUGUGGGACAGCAUUGAGCAGCAGGGCUUUGACAGGCUGUCCAAUGAGUCCAGGAGCCAGUGGGCCUUAGUGCUACAGUUCUGCAUGCUCCACGAAAGGAAACUGAGCGUGUCCUACCUUAGAGAAUGUGCCAAAGCCAAUGAUUGGCUGCAGUUCCUGGUUCACAGCCAGCUCCAUAGCUACCUCCCAGAAGAGGUAGAAUCUCUUCUUCCAUAUUUCAGUCCUGUCCUUCAAAGCCACUUGAAGCUGGCUUCUGAGAGACUGUCGUCAGGGUCCCCCUCUGAGAGACUGUCGUCAGGGUCCCCCUCUGAGAGACUGUCGUCAGGGUCCCCCUCUGUGGGUGACAGCUGCCUCCAGGAACUCCAGACAAGCAAAGGAGAAACGAGGGAUUUCCUUGAACUUCUCCACCGGGGCUCAGCUGAGUCUGCCUCUUGGCGCUGGCUCCUGGCUGAGGCACUGGAACAUCGGGUCCCCAUCCUCAGCGUCCUGGCCUCGUGUAUCCAGGGUGCCAGUGUUGUCCCCUGUCUCUGUGUUUGGAUCGUCACCUCUGUGGAGGACAAGGUUGCAGCUGAAGCAAUGGGACACAUUCAGAUCUCUGUAGAGGACCAUCAUUGGAGCCUGGAGGACCUGUCCAUCAUCUGGAGAACUGUAUUAACAAGACGCAAGAGCCACACUCUCAUCCGAGGUUUCCAGCUCUUCAUUAAGGAUUCCCCACUUCUACUGAUUAUGGAGAUGUAUGAACAGUGUAUGUUCUUCAAGAAUUACGAGAGAGCCAAAGCUAAGCUUGUGGAGUUCCAGGAAAGCCUUGAAACGCUUGACACAGUGGCCACAAGGGUCCUUCCUACCAUACCUGCCUCGUGGAUGAAGGACCAGGUGUGUUUCCUCUUGAAACUGAUGCCACAGCAGUGUGAGACGCAGUAUGAGCUGGGGAAACUCCUCCACCUGUUUGUUGGAACUGAGCAUCUCUUCCCUGAUGGGCCAGACGUGCAGAAACUGUGUCUCCUCAGCCAAGUACUGAAGGACACACCUGUCACCAUCAGCCCUGCAGUCAUUUCCAGCUAUAGCACUGAGAAUUUUCAGCGGGAAUGUACAUCUAUUUUGGAGAAACUAAAGGCAGACGGACAGUUUGCUGUGGCCAGGAGAGUGGCAGAGUUAGCAGCGCUGCCUGUGGACAGCUUGGUGAUUGAACAGUUAACCCAGGAAAUGCGAACGCUAACACACACUCAGCAGUGGUCCCUGAAACAAGCAAGACUUGACUUCUGGAAAAAAUGCCAUGAAACUUUUAAGAAAAACUCUAUUUCAAACAGAGCAGCCUCUUCCUUCUUCUCUAGCCAAGCCCCUGUGGUGAGUGAGCGCUCUGCUGAGCAAGACGGCCUUGCGGAGCGCCAUCUGCUGCUCACGCUGGCGGGCCACUGGCUUGCCCAACAAGAGCCAGCUCCCGUGGAGGAACUGGAGGAGCUGGAGAAAGGGAUUUGGAUGUGCCGCAUCGCCCAGCACGCCUGUGGGGGCGCUGAGGAGGAAGCCAAGCCCAGCCUCUCUCAGCGAAAGGUAGCUGCUGCCGAACUUUCCUGUGAUAGCUCAGCAAGUGAGCUGUCGUUCUCCAAGCUCGCUGCCUUGAACACAUCCAGAUACUUAGACCUCAACAGUCUUCCACCCAAGAUGUGUGAGAACACACUGGAACCCAAAGAGCAGGAGUCACUGAACACUCUGAUUGGGCAGCUGCUGGACGGUGGCUGUGUGCAUGAAGCAAGCAGAGUGUGCCAGUAUUUCCGUUUCUACAGUCAGGAUCUAGUGUUGGUGCUGCACUGCAGAGCCCUGGCCUCUACAGAGGCCAGCAUGGAAGACUUGCACUCAGAGAUUCGUGCCCUCCUCUCAAGUGCCGCACUGCCUGAGGACCUGGAGAGCCCGAGUGUCCCUCUUCGGAAAGUCCAUAGCUCUUCAAGUUUGGACAGUCAGUCAUUUGCGAUGGCGCCACCCACUGACGAAGUGGCUCGCAAUCUCCACACUCUCAUAAACAAGUGCCUCCACGGGAAGAAUUAUUGCCGGCAGGUUCUCUGUCUGUAUGAACUUGCCAAGGAGUUGGGCUGUUCCUAUGAAGAUGUUGCUGCUAGGGACAGUGAAGCCAUGCUCCGAGCAAUCUUGGCUUCUCAGCGACCUGAUCGAUGCAGACAAGCCCAGGUCUUCAUCAACACCCAGGGCCUUGAACCAGACACUGUGGCUGAACUUGUGGCUGAAGAGGUGACACGGGAGCUACUGACUCCAUCAGAGGGAACAGGAGAAAAGCAACCUUUCAACCCAGCAGAGGAAAGCCAGACAUUUCUUCAGCUAACUGCUUUGUGUCAAGACCGUACAUUAGUAGGCAUGAAGUUGUUGGACAAGAUUCCCUCAGUCCCCCAUGGGGAGCUGUCCUGCACCACAGAGCUCCUGAUCCUGGCCCAUCACUGCUUUACCUUUACGUGCCACAUGGAGGGCAUCAUCAGAGUCCUACAGGCUGCCCGGAUGCUUACAGAUAACCACUUGGCUCCCAACGAGGAGUAUGGAUUAGUGGUCCGCCUCCUCACUGGCAUUGGGCGCUACAAUGAGAUGACGUACAUAUUUGACUUGCUGCAUCAAAAGCAUUAUUUCGAAGUUCUGAUGAGGAAGAAGCUAGAUCCAACUGGCACCCUGAAGACAGCCCUACUAGACUACAUCAAACGCUGCCGCCCUGGAGACAGUGAAAAGCACAACAUGAUUGCCCUGUGCUUCAGCAUGUGCCGGGAGAUAGGGGAGAAUCACGAGGCAGCAGCCUGCAUCCAACUGAAGCUGAUCGAGUCUCAGCCCUGGGAGGAAAGCCUCAAGGAUGGAGCCCAACUAAAACAGCUCCUGCUUAAAGCCCUGACUCUGAUGUUGGAUGCAGCAGAGAGUUACACCAAGGACUCCUGUGUGCGACAAGCCCUGCACUGUAACCGGCUCACCAAGUUGAUAACACUACAGAUUCACUUUCUCAACAGUGGGCAGAAUACAAUGCUUAUCAACUUGGGCCAUCAGAAGAUAAUGGACUGUAUCAUGACCCUACCUCGGUUCUACCAGGCUUCUAUUGUAGCUGAGGCCUAUGACUUUGUUCCUGAUUGGGCUGAGGUACUCUACCAACAAGUGAUUCUUAAAGGAGACUUCAGUUAUUUGGAAGAAUUUAAGCAGCAGAAGUUACUAAGACCCAAUAUAUUUGAAGAUAUUUCCAAAAAAUAUAAACAACACCAGCCUACUGACAGAGUCACAGAAAACCUGAAGAAGUUCUUUUCCUAUUGUGAAGAUAUCUACUUGUAUUACAAGUUGGCAUAUGAACACAAAUUUUUUGAAAUUGUAAAUAUGCUUCUGAAGGACCCUCAAACGGGAUGCUGCCUUAAAGAUAUGCUCGCAGGCUAGAAGAUCUGAGAGGGGCCUGCUUACUUGUUUGUACCUAUAUGGCUCUAAGGGAUGUUCAACAUAAUAAAGUAUUUGGAGAUCUUUGUCCCCA